GCUAGGGGCGUGGCCGGGCGCCUUGCUCUCGCUCUUCCGCCAUGGCUGCAUUACCCAGCGCUGUGCACCUUCGGCGUUGUGUGGUGUCCCCAGCCGGGAGACACAGUGCUUCGCUGAUCUUCCUGCAUGGCUCAGGUGACUCUGGCCAAGGACUGAGACAGUGGAUCAAGCAGGUACUAAACCAAGACCUAACAUUCCAGCACAUAAAGAUUAUUUAUCCAACGGCUCCCUCCAGGCCAUAUACUCCUCUGAAGGGAGGGUUCUCCAAUGUGUGGUUUGACAGAUUUAAAAUAUCUAACGACUGCCCAGAGCACCUCGAAUCAAUCGAUAGCAUGUGUCAAGUGCUCACCGGAUUGAUUGAUGACGAAGUAAAAAAUGGCAUCGAGAAAAGCAGGAUAUUAAUAGAUCUUUAUCUUAGGCUCGGGAUUAUCUUUUAAUGAAUCGGUGAGUUGGAUUUUAAAAAGGUUGUUUUCUCUGGUACAGUUAGAUGCUAUCCCUCGUAACGUUCAGCUGCCACCGCCGGCCAUGGCUCUCUACGCUCACAUUUAAGCUACCUAACAAUUAAACACAAAAAUUUGGUUCCCACGCCACAGUGGCUGUCUUUGAAACACUCAUGAACAGUGUUUGGGGAAAAAUUUGAUUCAGGGACUUGUGUUUCUCAGGAAAGAACAGCUGCUUAGCCCUGGUGUAGUCCUGUUGUCCACAGAAGACUGAUCCUUCUCCAGUCACCACCAUGUUUGUACUUAACCCAUAAUGCUUAGUGUGGAAUUACUCACCGACAGCUGAGGUCCCCAAAUAUCCAAUUCAUGGUUAAAGAGUGUUAGACAUCAGACAUAUGUGAUGAGAUUUUUCUACUGGUCCAUGACUGAGUCUCAUAUUCUUUUUUCAUUUUUUUUUAUCUUUAGUCUACUUUUCCAGUCUAGUCAUUUUCUCCCCAUUCCAGAUUUCCUUUUCUUUUGUGAGCAUUGUUGUUCAAGUUGCUGUGAAAUUCAGUUCCCUUGCCCUUUCCCAAGUGCUUCAGUUCUACCUGAGGGCCACCCUUCCUAUCCAGCUUCAACCAUACAUAGUUUUAACAGCUUUAUUAUCCUAUCAAAUUAAGUUGCCAGAAAUGUCAUUUCCUGACAGUAAACUUGCCUCCUUGCAGAAGUAUCUUUUUCAAAGUUCAGUUUACAUGAACCUCAUUUAUCCAGUGAAUAUUUAUGAAGAUCCUGCUGUGCCCAGCCCUGUUCUAAGCAUAGGGGGAUCUUUCUUCUCCAGUGAAUGCUAAGUCCUUAUGCUCUUUACUGAAGACCUUAUUAAAGUGUCAGUCGCAGAAGUGGCCGUGUGCACAAUGUCUGGCUUUUGAAUUUUAUGUUUAAUAAAGAUCCACUUAAUAAAUUCCAGCAAGAAAUUUAAUGCUAGGAACAGUUUCUAGUAUGAUUUAUUAUGGUUCCUCCUGUGAAGGAAUAUUGCCUUGCUAGAGGGGAACUGUUAAACCUCCAUCUAUGACUGAUUUACCACUGUGUCAAUGAGAUGGCCUGCCUCCUCCCUCUUCUUCUGAGCCUUGUGUACCCACCAGAUUCCCCUCUCUGUCUCUCUGUGUACAUCUCUGUGUGUCUGUUGACCCCUACACACACACAGCAUGUGUUUAGCAGUGCGUUUGCCUUUACAAUAUCUAUAAAUGGAUGAGAACAAAGGAAGAGCUAGAAGUGAGCAUUCCCAGCAUCAGUCCAUGAGGGUAGGACAGCUGUGAUUCUCUCCUGAGGGAGAGUUAUCAUCACUCCCCAUCGAAGAAUGGAUUUGUAUAGUUAAGAGAAAUGUAAACGUUUGAAGCCUUUGAAGACUCAAGAGUUAGUGCUGACCAACGUCACACUCUGUGUAGAAGCCUGGUGGAAACUGUUAAGCCUAUGUACUGUAGCUCUCCAGUUUUCCUGGAAAGUAAGUCCUAGAUUCUAGUGAAUUCAUUCAUACAUUUAGGUAGGCUAUGUCUCAGGCAGACUAGAAGUUAGUUUCCCACCUUUUCAAUCUAAUCCUCAUUUUAAUCCAAAUUUUAAGAUAGGAAAAUGUUAAGAGAAGCUUUCUAAGAUAUUAAAUCAUCACAUUUUUGUUUGGUUGGUUGUUUCUGAGACAAGCGUAGGUCGACCUUGAACUCCUGAUCAUCCUGCCUCCCUCUCUGAGCUGGCAGUAUGGAGGCCUACCACCAAAUGUGGAUUUGGUUAUACAGACUUAAGGAUUCAGUUGCCAUCCUGUGCGGGCACUGUACGUGGCUGGGUGUUUAAAGAGCUAAUGAGUAUACGCAAAGGAGGGCAGGGAUGCCUCUCAGUGGGUUGCAGACUCUCAGGCGGAUUCUGACACUUGAGGAAAGAGAUGCCUCUUCCUCCUGACGUUCGUAGCCCCCAGCACAGUAGAGUGUCCCAGCAGAGGAGAAUUUGCUCAGCUACUGUGCAGAGACUUCAGACGGGCAAGGCCUGAAGCUAGAACCACGACAAACCGCAUGAAGUAGUAAGUCCCUGGCUCCACUCUGCACACGAGUGUUCACAUGCUGGGGAUGCUGACCAGGUCUGUGUGGAGUCUGUAUGUCCAAAGGAGACGCAUGGAGGAUGCAGCCUUGUACAGACACACAGCUAGAGGUGUGCACAUUCCUUCUUCCUGCACAAAGCUGCUCCGAAAACUUCCUUUGUUGUCUUGCAUCUGGGGAUGGCGCUGGUCCUAUCAUCCUUUAAGGUGUCUCUUGUCUGCGCAGGUCCAGUCACUAAACCUCAAAACUGCCGUGCUACUGGUGAGCUCCUCUCAUUUUUUCCUGGAGAAAUAAAAGUACAGGCAUAAUAUUCAUCCUUAUCAUGCAUGAUUAUUAUUUGCAGAUUGUGCCUUUUAGGAGAAAUCUAAACUUCGCAAUUUGCUAGCCUUCUUAUAUAUAUUUGAAUCCUGGGCCCUAAUUAAUGGCAGUUGCCUUCCCCAGAGGAAGAACAGGUUCGAAGGCUGAGAGGGAGUUCAUUAGUUCUGUCACAGUGAUUUGCAACCCAGAAGCUUUACUUUAUACCCAAAAUUAAGGACACACCUUUAAGCAGGCCACCUGUGCUGCAAGAUGUUUGACUACAUUGUGAACCCCGAGACUGUGAACUGGAAACACCUGUUUCUAGCUGUGGUAUGGCUCAGCCCUUAGCAUACACCUUUAAUCACAAACAGUGAAGCAAAGUUAAUCUGUAGACGGAAACACCAUGUUUGAAAGUGAUGUCCAAUUGAGUGGCAGACAAAGUGAUGAAUCAGAGGUAGAUUUGACAGAAUAAGAUACAUCCAGCUCUCACAAGACAAGAAGAAAGGGAAGCGACUUGAGGGGUAGCACAGAGAGAGGCAGUUUCACUGGGAGAGUUGUGGAGACCAGUUGCAGAGAGAGAACAAGAUAGACAAAAUAUUCUAGGCCUAGAUUAGAUUGUACAGAGACUAGACGCUUCCAGGACUAGGCCUAGGUUAGCAGAUGGAGUCAGUAAGACAACAGUUGCUUCAGGCAGAUAAAGUGUACUUUUACAUACCUGCCUCCUCAGGCCUCAGUCUUCUUGAUGUAGAGAGGGAGUAUCUCAUAAAUUCACAUAAUGGUUUCCAAUGAGUUUCAGAUAGUACUUUAUUAUGUGAAGUAGGGCAGUAGGCUGAAAAUUAGGAGACUGAAUUGUGUACCAGAUGUAAUUUUAAAGCCUGUAAAUGUGUGGUUUCCUUUUGUUUAUUUUUCAUAGGAUACAAAUGAGAUGGCUCCAGUUCUCAUUGAAGGCUAGGACCCCUUGUGGAGCUCUGAGCUCUGGCCAUGCAAGGCCUCACUCCCAACACAGCAUCCCUAAUCCGUGAUACAUAUGUUACCUCAGCUGUGCUCUGAAAUAGCAGGGUCUCUGUGUGCCUUAAGUUGCCUAGUUCAAGCCACGAGUGCAGUAUUCUGCACUAAAAGAGACUAAGGCAGGAGAAGCAUGAGUUCCAGGCCAGCCUGGGUCACAUAAUAAGACUCUGUUCCAACACCAAGGGCUGGCUAAGUUAUCUCAGGCCUUGGAUCAAGUAAAAUUAUUAAGUAAAUGAUUUUUUUCUCAUAUGAGUGAGUUUAUUUUAUUCUAUCUCCUCAGUUUGCAAACUAAUAUCGUAUUCCAAAAAAGCUUUGCUAGCUCCCCAUUGUUUCUAACCAUCAUUCAUUCCUAAUGCAGACGUUACCAGGCUCUGUUAUGGGGAAGAGAGCAGAAACAUGACUAUUGGUGGAGCACAGCAAAUGGUACAGAGAGGAACGUGUUAACUGCAGGUGUGGUGUGAGGGCUCCUAUAAAUAAGACCCAAACUAAAGUAGACACUGGAAGCGUAACUAAGUCAGGUGUCUGCUUUUUCUUGAUGUAUGUGAUUUCCCUCCUAAGUCUGUCUCUUUGUAUAAUACAUCUCUUUACCACCAGCCUUGGCAUUAUUCACUCACAACAGGACCUGUUCUGAGACCUGAAGACGACCUGUGGUUUGAAUAAGAAUCACCCUCACAGGCUCUUAUGUCACCAGAGAGUGGAACAAUUUGAAAGGAUGAGGAGGAGUAGAUGUGGCCCUGUUGGAAGAACUGUAUCCCUGGGCUGGUGGUGGGAUUUGAGGUUUGAAGUGUCCACACCAGGCCCAGGCACACUCCCCCACACCCUGUCCCCAUCUCUCCUCUUGAGGAUCAGAGUGUAGCUCUUAGCUGCUUCUCCAGCUCCAUGUUUGUUUGCCUGCCUGCCACCAUGCUCUGCACCUUGACGAUAACGGACUAACCUGUGGGACUCUAAGCCAGGUUGAGGUUUUCUUUUAGAAGAGCUGCCAUGCUAUGGUGUCUCUUCAGCCAAAGAGCAGUGCCUGAGAUGGAGACUGAAGUUCUCUUUAGGAGUCUUUCCUUCAUACAUCCAGAGCCUUUAAAAUGCUCGUGAAAGAUUGGUACUGACCUGUUUUACUCUGAAGGGCCUUGGGACCAUGUGUGCACCCCUCCUCUUCUGAUGAGCCUGUGUAU